AUGGCCUCUCCAAGCUCGGCCAUGAGCACGACGGAAGUUGAGCCCCAAACGUCGCCUGCCCCCAACGACAAGUCCUUUGCCACAAACGCGGCGAACCUGACCGAAGACGACGCCAGCGACCGUGAGAAUGGCACCCCGCGGAACACGUCACGGAACACGAGCCGCAUGAUGGACACACCCGACGUAUCAGAACGCCGCGGUGGUGCUGGCAGUGGGCGCGGUCGGGGCCGGGGCGGUCGCGAUUCGUCGGCUGCCGGUGGUGCCAAUGGCGCGGGGGGGCCCGGCGUGUUCAAGGACCCCAGCGCCAUUGGCAAGAUCCGGCAUCUCAAGAAGGAGGAUGGCGAGCCGCUGUGGCGUGUCGACAUCCAGUACGACUUUCUGCGGGCCGUCUUCGCCGACGAGCACUGUGUUUUUACAAACAGCUACGAGCCAGACACGAUGCCCAAGCAGUGCUUCGCGGACCUGUACAUUGACACAAUGGCCCGAAGCAGCAAGACCAGCAAGAUUUUGCACGACAAGCUGCUGACGGACCGCGAAGCGGCCAAAAACAUGGCCAUGGUGUGUCUGCUGGUCAACAUCGGCCGCAUGAACACCACGUUGAAUUGUGAGUCGUCCCUCUCUCUUUCCACACUCACACUCUCUCUCUGA